AUGAUGAACGUUCUCUUUUUGCUGAGUUUAAUUUUCGGAGCCGCUGGCAUUUAUGCAGCCCUUAACUCAAGACGUAGGGAGUCUGUUCGGCGGCUGCCCCCUGGGCCCAAGCCGAUGCCCAUUGUCGGCAACAUUAAAGAUCUCCCGCCGAGUGGCAAACAGGACUGGUUGCAUUGGUUGAAGCACAAAUUCAGCUAUGGCCCAAUUAGCUCGAUUACAGUAUUAGGACAAACGAUCGUGAUUGUAAACGACUCGAAAAUCGCGCUAGACUUGCUAACAAAACGAUCCUCAAUUUAUUCGUCCCGUCCGAAAAUGACUUUCGCGUCCGAGAUGGUUGGAUGGGAAGCUGGACUUGCAUUCCAAGGCUAUACCGAACGAUUCCGCGCUUAUCGCAAAGCCAUUCAGCCAAGCUUUGGCUCAGAGUCAGCAGUUUCUCAAUACACACCGCUGCAAGAAGUAGAAACCCGUCGGUUUCUGUUCCGCGUGCUCAAGGACCCUGCAAAUCUUUUGAAGCACGUGCAAACUGAGGCAGGAGCAGUGAUUCUUAACAUUGCCUAUGGAUACAGAGUCGAGCCUUUUGGUCGAGACAACUUGGUCGAUCUCACAAACGAAGCCCUUGAUGAGUUUGGCAAAGCUACAGUGCCUGGUGCCUGGCUUGUGGAUGUCAUUCCAGCAUUGAAAUAUAUUCCUAGCUGGUUUCCGGGUGCUGGCUUUAAAAAGACCGCUAAGCUUUGGAGAGAGCAUCUUGCUGGUAUUGCAGAUAGACCCUAUGAGUUUGUGAAGCAACAAAUCGAAAGUGGGAAACACACAUCAUCGUACCUUGGUGACAUGCUCCAGGCCGGUUACCCUGAACCAGGUUCAGAGAAGGAACUCAUCGCUAAAUGGACCUCGGCCUCACUUUAUACCGGUGGCGCAGAUACAACUGUUUCUUCUAUUCAUUGCUUCUUCCUUGCAAUGGCUUCAUUCCAAGACGUCCAGCGUAAAGCGCAAGAGGAAAUUGAGCGUGUGGUCGGAAAGAAUCGACUUCCAAACAUGGCAGAUCGUGCCAGUCUUCCUUAUAUCAACGCUGUCGUGAAAGAAGUCCUUCGCUGGCAUCCUGUGGCCCCGAUGGGUCUCCCGCACAUGUCAACCGUCGAUGACAACUAUAAUGAGCACUUCAUUCCCAAGGGAUCCAUCAUUCUCCCCAAUAUCUGGGCUAUGAUGCACGACCCGGAGGUCUAUCCCAACCCGAUGGAAUUCCAGCCCGAGCGCUUCCUCGGCGAGUCUCCUGCGCCAGACCCCAAAGUCAUCGCCUUUGGAUUCGGCCGUCGCGUUUGUCCUGGUCGAUUCUUAGCUGAUAGAACAGUCUUCUUGAGUGUGGCCCAAUCUCUUGCGGUAUUUGAUAUUAGCAGGCCUACGCAGGGUGGUGCGGAAGUCACAACUCCACACUUCGAACCUGGUGUUAUCAGCCAUCCUACUCCUUUCCAGUGCGAUAUCAAGCCUCGCACUCCAGAACUUGAGGCGCUCAUUUUGUCUGUAGAGCAGGAUCAUCCUUGGGAGGAAAGUGGUGCGGCUGAUUUGCAAAAAGUUGUUUUUUGA